CGGGGCCAGGCCUCCUCUCCGGUGGCCUUCGUGAAGUGAGCAGGGCCGGGGGAGGCGAGGGGGCGGAUUCGAAAGCGAGUCAAUGGCAAGGCGGGGCCAAGACGCCCCCGACAGCCCCCAGCCUGCGGGCGCAGGGGGCGGUGCCCCAAACUCGGUUUUCCAGCAUGGGGGCCUGGGCCGUGCCAUUGCCUAGCAACGCCCGGCCCCGCCCCCACGGGCCGCUGCGGGCGCCUGCCCCCAGCAUGGCCUGGCAAAGCUGGCCGGCGGCGUUCCUGUGGGUCGCCAGCUGCGGGCUGCUGCUCCUUGUGCUCGCCUUGGUCCUGAGCCCCCGCAGCUGCCGAGCGCGGCGGACCCUCCGCGGCCUAUUCAUGGCGCGCAGCAAGCGGCUGUUCUUCCGAAUCGGGUACAGCCUGUACACCCGCACCUGGCUUGGGUACCUCUUCUACCGCCAGCAGCUGCGCAGGGCUCGGAAUCGCUACCCCAAAGGCCACUCCAGAACCCAGCCCCGCCUCUUCAACGGAGUGAAGGUGCUCCCCAUCCCCGUUCUCUCGGACAACUACAGCUACCUCAUCAUCGACACCCAGGCCCGGCUGGCUGUGGCUGUGGACCCUUCCGACCCUCAGGCCGUGCAGGCUUCUAUUGAAAAGGAGGGCGUUACCUUGGUUGCCAUUCUCUGCACCCACAAGCACUGGGACCACAGUGGAGGGAACCGUGACCUCAGCCGGCGACACCAGGACUGCCGGGUGUACGGGAGCCCUCAGGACGGCAUCCCCCACCUUACCCAUCCCCUGUGUCAUCAAGAAGUGGUUAGCGUGGGACGGCUUCAGAUCCGGGCUCUGGCCACCCCUGGCCACACGCAAGGCCAUCUGGUCUACCUGCUGGACGGGGAGCCCUACAAGGGUCCCUCCUGCCUCUUCUCAGGGGACCUGCUCUUCCUCUCCGGCUGUGGACGGACCUUUGAGGGCACCGCAGAGACCAUGCUGAGCUCGCUGGACACUGUGCUGGGGCUGGGGGACGACACUCUGCUGUGGCCAGGUCAUGAGUACGCCGAAGAGAACCUGGGCUUUGCAGGCGUGGUGGAGCCGGAAAAUCUGGCCCGGGAGAGGAAGAUGCAGUGGGUGCAGAGGCAGCGGAUGGAGCGCAGGAGCACGUGCCCAUCCACCCUGGGAGAGGAACGCUCCUACAACCCGUUCCUGAGGACCCACUGCUUGGUGCUGCAGGAGGCUCUGGGGCCAGGCAUAGGCCCCACGGAGGACGAUGACUACUCCCGGGCUCAGCUCCUGGAGAAGCUCCGCCGGCUGAAGGACCUGCACAAGAGCAAGUGACGCCCACGCCGGCCCACCUCAGCCCACCCCUGUGGUGGGGAGGCCACCCAUCGCCUGCAUACACCAUCCCUCCCUUUGCUACCACCAUCACUUCCAUCAGUGCUCAUGGUGGGCGUCGUUCCCGACACGGUUCAGGAGGAGAGGAGGGACAAGGCAAGGAGACCUGGAGGCCACGAGGAACGGGGCUGCUCCAGGCUGGGAGACUCCCGGGGGUGAGGCGGAGCUAUCCAGGGUAACAGCAAAGGAGGGUUCCCUCCUCCCUCCCCUGUUCCUGUGAUGGCAGUGAGGACAUGGCAGCUGCUAUUCGCCUCUCUCCCUCCGGAGGCCUCGCUCUCAGUGUGGCCCCUGAACCCAGGGCAGCAAGAGCCGUGAGCAGACUGAAUCCAUCUUUCCCCUGCUCCCAUUCAGGGUUGGGAAAGAAAAUCAGUCCCCCAAAGUGGUCUGAAGGGAGGUGCCUUGAGAAAGUGGUCACUGAAAGGGGCACCUGGUUUACUGAGACCCUGCCCCUCCUCCUCCAGUCUCCCCGCCCUGCCCCUCCCCCACAACAGAGCCAUUUCUGAGAAACAUGAAAGGGCUGGAAGUCUGACUGUCUAGCCAGUCUCUGCCUCAGUGACUCCCCCACAACCUGGAAGAGGGAGGGUCCUGGUUGUCAAGGAAACCUUGACUUCAGACUGAGGAGACAGCUGAGACUUCUGGGACUGCAGCCCAACCGUCAUGUAUGUCAUACAGGCUCCCUGCACAGCUGGCCUGGUCCUGCCUGCUGGCCUCUGCCCCUGCCCUGGGCCAACAGGGCCGCACACUCCCAGGGGAGAGAGAGCCAUUGUCUGCCAGGCCACUGUGGUUUUCUCAUUAUGGCCCAUAUUCUUAGGAACUUCUGCCCUUCUCUGACUCUUGCUUUAGCCUCAACCCCUUUCGUCAUUAACGACAUUCAUCUGGCCCCUUGCAGUUUGCCAAGAGCAUUCCGUGUCAUUUCUCAUUUGAUCCUUGGCCCCAUCCUGGCUGUGGGAAGGGGGUCUGUGCAGCAGAGUUCAGAAAUCAGAAGCCUGAGAGCAGAGAGCCCUCAAGUGGGUGGCAGUUUCCAGGACCCCAGGCCUGGGCCCUUCCCCUCCGCUCAGCUUCUCCUCUGGUCUUGGGUCCAGGUCCCUUUGGGGCCAAAGCAAGGAACCCUAGGUCCUCGAGCAGGCAUACCUCGGGUCAGCCAGGAGCCUUCUCUUCCUUCAAAGAGAAGCUUUCCUUCAGGCUCUGCUCACCUCUGUGAACCUCCGAGAUGCUCCCUGCCCUCUGUUUCCCCUCAUCAUCAGCCUCUGCCCCCCUCUCCAGCCACGGCCUCUGGUACCAACUCUAGCAAUACUUCCAGAAUAGUUAGAGUUCCCCGCCCCUAAGACAUGCAGUUUCUUGCCUCUGUGCCUUCGCUCAUGCUGUUUCUUUGGACUGGAAUGCCUUUCCCUGCUCCUCUUGCCUUGUCUGCCUGGCAAACACCUGUUCAUCACAGUCCCCCUCAAAAGCCCCCUCCUCCAGGAAGACUUCCCCCGAGGCUACCUCUGCUCUUUGUAAAUGCUUCUCUUUGGCACUUGUCACACUGUAUUUUACUUGUUUACAUGUUUGUCUCCCCUUCCAGACUGUGAACCCUUCAGGGCAUGGACUGUAUCUUAUGCAUCUCUGUAUUUCUGCGCCUAGCACGGUGCCUGGCACACAGUAGGCGCUCAAUAAAUGUUGAAUGGAAUGAAUGAUUUAACCAAG